AUGUCCAAGGUGCCAAGAAGUUUUAGAUUGUUGGAAGAACUAGAAAAGGGAGAAAAGGGUCUGGGCCCAGAAUCAUGUAGUUACGGUUUAGCAGAUGCAGAAGACAUUACCAUGACAAAUUGGAAUGGUACUAUUUUAGGACCGCCACAUAGUAAUCACGAAAAUAGGAUCUACUUUCUGUCAAUUAAAUGUGGAGACAAUUACCCAGAUCAACCACCAGAAAUCAAGUUUAUAUCCAAGAUAAACUUGCCAUGCGUGAAUGCUGAGAACGGGCAAGUUAGUGCUAAUGAAUUUCACACUUUAAAAAAUUGGAAAAGAUCUUAUACUAUGGAAACUUUGUUGUUGGAUUUAAGAAAGGAAAUGUCUACUGCAGCAAACAAAAAAUUACCACAGCCAGCAGAAGGAUCCACAUUUUGA